UUUAAAUCGAUUGGCGGGUGAGAGCUAUGGCGGCGUCACUCCCGCGACACAGGAAUCGGCUCUUACGAACGUACGGGGCUGCGGGCAGCUGGGGGCCUCGGCGGCCGGGCCGGGCAGGCGCGCAGUGGUUCGCGCCUCAAGAUCCAAAGCGUUUCUUCAGCAGCACCAGCAGCAGCAACGCCAGCAGCAGCGAGGAACCCUCGCAGUCUGUCACUUCCGACGAUUCUGACGACCCCGACUUCUGCAGCCAGGUGGGUCGGCGGCAGAGGCGAGCUGGCGGUCGACUCUCCAAUGACCAGCCGAGCCUGAUCGUGACCCCAAGACGCCUGAGGCCGCGAGCGCGGCCCCCGCAGAAGUGCAGCACCCCCUGCGGCUCACCGCCCAGCAGCCCGGGCCGCUUCAGCCCCGGCCUCAGUGUAUGCAGCCAGUCCAGGGACGGCGGCGAGCUGGGCACCAGUGCCUCCCUGUUUAGCUCCCCGGCCUCUCCGGGCCCUGGCUCUGGGUCUCCAGUGCCAGGAGACAGUGUUAUCGGCCCCUCCGCCCCUCUGGGUGCAACUUCUUUGGACCAAGCACCUUAUCCCUGCUCCCAGGAGGCAGCAACAGGAGGAGGCAGGUUCACCAGGUUGACCCACCACGCCAGUGCCAGCCUCAGGUCAGCUCACUGUACCCUUACGGACACAGGAAACCAUGAGGAUUCUGAGUUUGGGACAGAUGGGAAGAGUAUGAGGGAGACCUGCUGUGAAAGGGUACUGGUGGGGAAGAGGCUGGAGAGCCCAGUUUUAUCAAGCAUCCGAAGGAAGAGGGCCACAGCCCAGGACUCAUGUCUAGAGACUGGGGCUCAAGGGUCUGUCCAGACAGUCUAUGAGGAGGCCAAUGGGAAAAUGAAAAGGCCCCAGAGAACUGGCCCAAGACGGAAAAGGAAACAUCAGGAGGCAGUAGAAACCUCCCUCCUCCAAUGCAACAAGUUUAAAAAGGGCCAAAAUAUGGAAAAAGACUCAUUCCUCACCCAGAACUUGACUCAUUUACAGAAGGACAGCUCUUGGACUAAAGCCAGGGCUUCCUUCAGUUUCCACAAGAAGAAGAUCGUGACUGCACUGUCAGAGGUGUGCAGCAGCAGCAACGACAUUGCCAGUUCUCCCUCUGGCUCCCUCAUAUCAGAAAAUCCAAGCCCUCCUGUCAUGAACACAACAAACAGUGCUUUGUCCCCUUGGCACUCCUCUUCUAUGUAUUUGUUGAGCCCCUUAAAGACACUACAUGUCGCAGACAAAAAGGCAUCUUAUGCUGAAAAGGUUUUUAGGGAAUGCAACCAGGAGGGUCUUGUCCCCUUUAGCUCUUGCCUUUCCAUGGAAAAACUGGAAUCCUGUAAGAAGAUUGGGGAGGGGGUAUUUGGCGAAGUGUUUCAAGCAGUUGUUAAUCAUAUACCUGUUGCCCUAAAAAUCAUUGCUAUUGAAGGACCAGAUUUAAUCAAUGGAACACAUCAGAAAACUUUUGAGGAAAUCCUUCCAGAGAUCAUCAUCUCCAAAGAAUUGAGCCUCUUGUCAGAUGAGGUAUGCAACCGCACAGAAGGCUUUAUUGGGCUGAACUCAGUGCACUGUGUUCAAGGACCUUACCCUCCCUUGCUCCUCAAAGCCUGGGAUCAUUAUAAGUCAACCAAAGGGUCUGCAAAUGACCGGCCUGACUUUUUUGAGGAAGACCAGCUCUUCAUUGUGCUAGAAUUUGAAUCUGGAGGGAUUGACUUAGAGCAAAUGAGAAGGGAGCUCUCCUCCAUAGCUACUGCAAAGAGCAUUCUACACCAGGUCACUGCAUCCCUCGCUGUGGCAGAAGCAUCACUGCACUUUGAGCACCGGGACUUACACUGGGGGAAUGUGCUCUUAAAGAAGACCAGCCUCAAAGAAGUCCACUACACCCUCAAUGGGAAGACCAGUACUAUCCCCACCCGUGGGCUGCAAGUCAACAUCAUUGACUACACCCUGUCACGCCUGGAACGGGAUGGGAUCGUGGUUUUCUGCGACAUUUCCAUGGAUGAGGACCUAUUUACAGGCGAAGGUGACUACCAGUUUGAGAUUUACAGGCUCAUGAGGAAGGAGAACAACAACUGCUGGGGUGAGUAUCACCCUUAUAGUAAUGUGCUCUGGCUACAUUACCUCACAGACAAGAUUCUGAAAGAAAUGACCUUCAGGACUAAACGUAACACCCCUUCCAUGAAGCAAAUGAGGCAAAAGAUCCUGCAUUUCCAUAAGACAAUGCUGAACUUCAGCUCUGCCACUGACCUGCUCUGCCAACACAGUCUAUUUAAGUAAGUCAGAGGUGCCUUACUACCCUAAACUUCGAGGCCACUAGUCUCGAAAGCCCCCCCCCCACCAGUGCUGUUUUCAACCUCUAUCCCCAGAGGAGGGUGACAUUCUCAUUGUUUCCAUGUUUCUAAUCAGCUUUCCAAAGAAGAAUUUUGUUUCCAAGUGGAAACUGAAAUGUUUAAAUGACAAAUAUUCUUUAA